GCCAUCGUCCACAUUGCUAGUCUGACUGUGCAUGCCUGACUGCUCUCAUUGUAAACAACCUUCGUUUUGUAAAUCUGCUCUCAUUGUGAAUAUCAAGACUCUGCCCUGGCGCUGACAUUGACUCUGACUAUGAUUCCUGGAUUGAAGAGUAUUGUAUGAAUGCGGAUGUGUUUGUUCUGGUGGCCAAUGGAGAGUCCACACUAAUGCAGACAGAGAAGAACUUCUUCCUCAAAGUGAGCUCUCGCCUUUCGAAACCCAACAUCUUUGUACUACAGAACCGCUGGGAUGUGGUCACUGUGGAGGAGGAUGUGGAAGCUGUGGAAGCUGUGAGGAGGCAACACAUGGAGAAGAGUAUUGCGUUUUUAGUGGACGAGCUGAAGGUGGUUGACAAGAAGACAGCCGAGGACCGAGUGUUCUUUGUGUCAGCUCGUGAGGCCCUGGUUUCCAGGCUGCACCAGGACAAAGGAACGCCUGUCCCCAGUGGUGCAUUGCAGGUCGGGUAUGAAAAACGACUUUCCGAAUUUGACAAGUUUGAAAACCAAUUUGAGCAAUGCAUCUCCAAGUCUGCUGUGAAGACCAAGUUUGAGCAGCACACUGUGAGCGGCAAAUCAAUCACAUCCGAUGUCAGGGGAAUCAUUGAGCAGGCAUAUACCACAAACCUGCAGUUGAGAACUGAUCAGAAAAAAAAGCGACAAGAGCGAAAUAAUGAACUGGUCGACAUUGAGAGGGAUCUUUUCUCUCUGGCCAAUAAGAUGGAGACAGAGAUCCCUACCAUGGUUAAAGAUGUGCUAAAGGAGGUUGACACAGCGCGCUGAGUGAGGAGAUCCGCCGACUGUCUGCCCUGGUGGAGGAAUAUGACCACCCCUUCCGUGCUGACAAUGUCGAAGAAUACAAGGAGGGAUUGAAUGAACGUGUAAAGCAGGAGGAGAUAGGACGUAACCUGGAGGAUGCUUUCCUGCAAGGCGUCAACGAUGCUGAAACACGGAUGGCAGACAGACUGUCAUCCAUUAUACCAUACAGGAUGAGAGCAAUUCCGGAAACAGAUGUUAACCUUGACUGUCGGAACUUUGAAGAGAACUUAGAGUUCAAGUUUUCCUCCAGCCUCCCUACGUGGCUUCAAAAUGGAGUAUCAGGGAGUGCUGCAAGCGCC